GACGAGAUGACGGUGGUCUGGGCUCCUCCAGAGAACGACGGUGGAAAGUCCAUUACUGGCUACAUCCUGGAGAGGAAGGAGAAGCGGGCCGUGCGCUGGGUGGCGUGCACCAAGAGUCCCAUCUCCGAGAGACGCAUGAAAGUCGCCAACCUGAUCCCCAACCACGAGUACCAGUUCAGGGUGAAGGCCGAGAACGAGGUGGGCCUGGGAGACCCCAGCAAGCCCUGCAGACCCGUCGCAGCCAAAGAUCCCAUCGAGCCCCCCGGCCCCCCUGCAGGCCUGAAGGUGGGCGACAGCACCAAGACCUCCAUCACCCUGUCCUGGUCCAAACCGGUGUAUGACGGCGGCGCCCCCAUCAUCGGGUACAGCCUGGACAUGAGGCUGAAGAGCGAGGCCGACCCCGAGAAGCCCACCGAGGGCUGGAAGAGGAUCGACACUCACGGCCCGCUGGUGCUCACAGAGUUUACCAUCGGCCAACUGGACGAGAAGCAGGAGUAUGAGUUCAAGGUGUCCGCCAAAAACCAGGUGGGCUGGGGACGUCACGCCUACCUGAAGGAGGCCGUCUCUCCCAAAGAGAUCCUGGAGGCUCCAGAGAUUGACCUGGACGCCAGUUUGAGGAAGGGCCUGUCCGUCAGGGCUGGCUGUCCAAUCAGGCUUUUCGCUGUGAUCAGAGGAAGACCCGCCCCUAAGGUCACCUGGAAGCGCCUGGGCGUGGACAACGUGAUCCGCAGAGGACACGUGGACCAGGUGGACACCAUGUCCUUCCUGGUCAUCCCUGAGAGCACCAGAGAGGACUCUGGGAGAUACUCACUGACUCUGUCCAACUCGGCCGGAGAGAAAGCCGUGUUCGUCCGCGUCAAAGUCCUCGACACUCCUGGACCCGUCGGCGGCCUGGAGGCCACUGACAUCACCAAGACCAAUGCCCAGCUGUCCUGGUUGCCCCCGGAGAACGACGGCGGCAGCCCCAUCACCAACUACAUUGUGGAGAAACGCGAGGUGGACAGGAAGACCUGGAACAAGUGCACCGAGGACCUGAAGAAGACCAGCUUCAAGGUGACCAACAUGACGCCCGGCAUCGAGUACUACUUCAGAGUCACCGCCUGCAACAAGUACGGCAUCGGAGUCCCACAGGACUCGCCCAAGUCCUACCUGGCUGUGGACCCCAUCA